AUGGCAGCUUCUCUCCAUGCAUCAAAUCACAAGGCCAUCGGCACCAGACAGCCAGACAAAACCUAUACCGAUCGCAAGUCCGCUCGUGUCGUGGCCCUCAAGCCCUCCGGCGACGUUGCCGUCAUCCACGUCAAAGUAGGAAACUAUUACAAGCUCCCUGGCGGCGGUAUUGAAGCGGGCGAAAGUCACUCUGACGCUGCCCAGCGCGAGGUCAAGGAAGAAACCGGAGCGGUAGUCGCCUUGCGCAGCACCUAUUUUGCCACUACUGAAGAGUUUCGCUUCCAUCUUCAUCAGGUUUCUUACUGCUAUUUGGCCGAUGUGCUCGAUGACACUGGCGAGCCAUGCUUGACCGAAGAGGAGCUGGCUGAUGGGUUUACUCACCAGUGGAUGAAUAUCGACAAGGCCAUGGAGGUCAUGGCUGCGGCAGAGCCAACCACAGAAUUUGGCUGUUUCGUCAAAGAGCGAGAUACGUAUGUCCUUGCCGUGGCUGCUAAGAUCAUGGAGACCAGGCAGGGCUAG